AUGCGAGGAACGGGUGAAGCUCUUUUCGAUCACAUCGCCGACUGUAUGGCGAAGUUCAUGGUCGAACAGGGUGUGAACACUUCGGAAAAGCUUCCACUUGGAUUUACAUUCUCAUUUCCUUGCAAGCAAAGAGGACUGACGUGUGCGAAGCUGAUAAACUGGACGAAGGGGUUCAAUGCGAGCGAUGUGGAAGGCGCUGACGUCGUAACGCUGUUACGAGAAGCUUGCAGAAGAAGAGAUGAUAUCGAUAUUGAUGUGGUAGCAGUACUAAAUGACACCGUUGGCACCCUCAUGGCGUGUGCUUUCAAGGAAAACAGCUGUCAGGUCCGUUUAUGGCUCCUUUCAUUGUGA